ACAGGCGUCGCUAUUUGCAAACCUUAUAUUCAAUGUGAAGGACAAAAGUCUCUCAAGCAUAGUUUAAAGGCGUCUACUAAACAGAUUUAUGAUAUUCUCGACAUUUUAUAAAUAGUAAGCGUAAAAAAACUAAUGCAAGUUCUGUUUACGUCUGGUAAAACGGGACGCAGUCAGGCUGUCUACACUCCCGUUAAUGUUUAUUACAUGAGAAGAUCUUCAUCCUCUUCUUCUGAUGAACCGCAGUCGGCAUCUGAAGAAGAAGAGUUGGUUUUUGAUAGCUUAGAUUUAACCGAUCAACAACCUGAAGAUAGUGAAAAGCCAUUGAUGACUGCAAGACCAAAAGCAAGAAUUCGAUCUGUUCGAAUAACGCCAUAUAGAUCUAGGAUAGAAAAAUUUGUAUGGAACUUCAUAUAUUUACUUCUCUUUACUGCCUUUUUAGGUUCAGUAGCCUGUUUUAUUGUCUACUUCGUUUCUACUUAUUCCGAACCGGUCAGAAAGGGUUGUUCAAAAAUAACUGUAGAGGAUGUAUGGGUGAAAGGUAUACCAAAAUUGACAACUGAAAGUGCCCUCAGGAUGGUUGAGGCAAAUGGUGAUGGUAUUUUAGACGUUGUCAUUGGUUUUGGUACCGGUGCAGAAGCAUUUUUUAUCGACCCCGUUGUAUGCGAUAUUUAUUUCAAUAGUAAAAAGCCAUGCGGCGGUGGUGUAUUGACACUAGACGGUAAAACCGGAGAGGAAAUAUGGAGAGUUUAUACUGAACAUGAAAUAUUUGCCUUAAACUGCCAAGAAGAUCUUGAUGGAGACAGUUGGAAAGAUUGCGUCUGUGGUGGUAGGGGAGCGACAUUACUUGCCUUUUCGCCUAAACGAAAGAGAAUUAUAUGGCGUUAUAAUGAUACAGCUUCACUGCUCUGGCAGUCGAACUUUUACACUGCCCAAUUUGUGCCUGAUUUAAAUUUCGACGGAACUCGUGAUGUCCUUGAAGUACAUGGAGGAGAUCCAUUUGGAGAGCCCGGUCGUAAGACACGAGUUGUCGGAAGGCUAAUAUUAUUAGAUGGUAGAACCGGAAAAGUAUUACAAUGGGUAAAUGUUCCUGAUGAAAGAGAAUCCUACUAUUCCCCAGUUUUAUUUCAAUAUCGAAAAGAGUGGACAAUUCUAUUUGGCACCGGUGGAGAGACUCAUGGGGGUUCACUAUGGUAUAUAGCACUUGCGGACCUGGUGGAGGGGCGGAUUGAAAAGGCUCAUAAGAUUUAUACAGAUCCUUACAAAGGGCUAAUGACACCUCCGGUUAUCACAGACAUCACAAAUGAUGGUGUUAAAGACCUUAUUUUCUCAUCUUUCAAUUCAUCAGUCUUAGCUUUCGACGGUAAAGACCUUACAGUCCUGCUUUGGAAUUUUACUGCUAAAGGUACGGAAAGUUAUAGUACUCCAUCUGUUGGCUACUACAACAAUGACUCAGUUCCUGACUUUCUUGUUAAAUUUUCUGUUGGUCCAGGCUUUCCUUUAUAUUAUUCAGCAAAGAGUGUAGUUCUUGAUGGUAGAAAUGGUAAGCCCCUUACGAAAUUUGUAGAAUCGGAAAUAGCUACUCAAUCAUCUCCUUUAACUUGGUCUUUCGAAGAAUCUGGUCAAGAUAUUUUUAUCUUUUGGAAGGCUGAUUGCUCACGCAACGGAUCCUUGCAUUACAAAGAAGAAUUUGAAUUUCUCAAAGGAACUAAUGUUCAUGAACAAAGUAGAUCUGAUUUUUGUCAAUUAAAGCAUAAGCAAACUGGGUAUGGAGAACUUAUCGGUAUGUCAGAUGUAAUGAAGGACUUCUCUGUUCUAUACGAUUCUCGUUUAAGAUUUAAAGAGGAACAUUCAGCUUGGGUAAAUACAACUAAGGAGGCUUUGGAUUAUCUUGAAAGAAAUAAACCGAAACUUCCGUUUUUUGGCGAUGAUAUGCCUCACAAAAGAAAACGCCGUCAUAUUGGCCUACACGACGCUGAAGGAAUUCAAAGAUAUAUUUCAAGUGGCACUUUGGCACCACCUUUACAAUCCAAUUCUAUUGACAAUUCUAUUCACCUUUUAUUUGCUGUAUAUUGGUUUUAUCCGGCUAAAACUUCUGUUCUGUUUCCUAAGGAUAAAGUUUGUAUUGACGAAGGAAUGAAGUUGGAGAAGCGACGGUUCACUGCAUCGGGUAAAUACUACGGUAUGGAUAGAGAUGGAUACGAAAGAGUAAUUACUGAAGAGUGCUUGAAAAAAUCAAAUAAAAGUACGAACAUACAGUUCCAAAAAGAAUAUGAUCCUUAUAAUUUGCAUAUGGGUCAGACAACCAUUUAUCGAAUUAAAUUGACAUGCGACUGUAAAGACUGUAAGACAAAGAAAUUUGAACAUCAAACAUGGCCAAGUUAUAUGGGACCCUUUACAGAUUCUAACACAUUUAUUUAAUGAACUCGAUUCUCUUCCUUCAAAAUAUGGCGUCUUUAGUUAUAUUUACAAACAAAAAAUUACCAUCUUCAAAGUCCAUUAUCUGAUCUAAGGAAAACAUUACAUUUACUGAUCAGAAAGACUACUAUUACGUCAUCAAAAGGAAAAGAUUAAACAAAAGCCCAAAUGAAAAGAGGGGACAAGGGGGAAGAAAUUGAC